AUGUCUAUUCGUACUGCCGCUGGAAAAUCCCGCGCUCUUAGGAUCGCUGUCAUUCCUGGAGAUGGUAUCGGUCAGGAGGUUAUGCCGGAAGGUUUAGCUUGUUUACGUGCUGCGGCCGACAAAUUCAGCAUUGACAUCGAGCUUGACGAACAAUUCAAAGAUUGGGCAACUUGCGAAAGAUACCUUCGAACCGGAACAAUGUUACCGGAAGGAUGGAAGGAAAUCUUGGCACCAUAUGAUGCCAUUUACUUUGGUGCAGUCGGUAUGCCGAGCCUCGUCCCGGAUCACGUUUCACUGUGGGGAUCCCUCAUUCAAUUCCGCCGAGAGUUCGAUCAAUACAUCUCACUUCGACCUUGUCGUCUCAUGCCUGGUAUCGCCUGUCCAUUGGCAAACAAGAAAGUGGGAGAUAUCGACUUUUGGGUAGUUAGAGAGAACACUGAGGGGGAAUACUCUUCGAUUGGGGGUAAAAUGUUCCCUGGCACGGACAGAGAAGUCGUAAUUCAAGAGACCGUAAUGAGUAGAAUUGGUGUAGAUCGUGUUCUCAAAUACGCUUUCGAUCUCGCACAAUCCCGGCCUAAAAAACACCUCACCUCAGCGACUAAAUCGAACGGCAUCAGUAUCACGAUGCCAUAUUGGGACGAUCGAUGCGCGGAGAUGGCGAAAGGAUAUCAAGAUGUUUCAGUGGACAAAUACCACAUCGACAUUCUCACCGCCUGGUUCGUACUCCGUCCUGAACUUUUCGAUGUUGUGGUAGGUUCCAACCUCUUUGGAGAUAUUCUGUCCGAUCUUGGACCCGCUUGUACUGGUUCUAUAGGCGUUGCUCCUUCUGGCAACAUCAAUCCCGAGGGCACUUGGCCCAGUCUUUUCGAGCCUGUUCACGGCUCUGCUCCUGAUAUCGCCGGAAAGGGUAUCGCCAAUCCUGUAGGAAUGAUUUGGGCUGGUCAGAUGAUGUUGGAACAUUUCGGCCACAAGGAGGCUGCGGAUACCAUGAUGAAAGCUAUAGAAACCGCCUUGGAAACAGGCGGCAGUCAGGUGAUCACACCCGAUCUUGGAGGUACAGGAACUUGCGAAUCAUUAGGCGGUCAUAUCGCCAACCUGAUAUCAAACUUGUGA